AUGGGUGUCAGCAUAAGAUCCAUGAAUGCUAUUACCAUAGAUGGAGCCAUCGAGAAGAGAUUGAGUUCUAUGGAGAAUGACAUUGCCUUAAUUGCUAGUGCUAUGAAGGUGAAUAAGAAAGCAACCGUUGCCACAUUCCAAGUGGUGUGUACUAUUUGUUCAGCUAAGAACCACCUCGCAGAAGAUUGUCCUAAGUGCAGAGCAGUUGAGAAAGAGACUCAAGAGGAGGAUGUGAAUUUUCUUUAUAGGCAACCUAACACAUAUAAUGGAAAUAGAGACCAUCCCUUCCUUAGCUACCGAAGCAAUAAUGUGCUCAAUCCUCCAACUACUCCACCUGAUUCCAACAAAGACAACAUGUAUGGGAUAUGCAGCAAUUUGGCCAAAGAUGUGUGCCUCAACAACAACAGGCUCCAGGACCUUCCCAGCAACACUCUUCUUAAUCAUAAGGGUCAUCAUGAAGUUAAUGCAAUGGUUUUAAAAAGCGGGAAGGUGGUGGAUGCAGCUUCAGUGGUUAAGAACCCAAGAAGAAAGUGGGAAGAACCUGUAUUAGAGCAGAUUGUGCCUGAGGAACCAUCAAAAGUCAGUCUGGGCACCCCAACUCAAUCUGUUGACGAAUUCUCUCAACCUGUUGAGAAUGCACCUGGAACAAACAUUGAGUCAAGACCGAAACCAGCCAUGGUAUGUCCCUUAAUCUCACCUUUGAUUAUCACUAAUGUGUCUUUUCCUAACAGGUUACAGAAACAAGUGAUGGAGGAAAGAGACAAGGAGAUCCUAGACGUCUUCAAGAAGGUUGGGGUGGAUAUUCCAUUGCUGGAUGUGAACAAGCAAAUUCCUCAGUAUGUAAAAUUCUUCAAGGACUUGUGUACUUCAAAAAGAAAAUUCAAAGGAACAAAAACAAUUGUCUUGAGUGAGAGGGUGUCCGCUGUGCUACAAAUAAAGUUACCACCAAAGUUAGGUGAUCCGAACGUUUCACUAUUCCAUGCACUAUGUGAUCACAAGUUUAUUGGUGCUCUUCUUGAUUUAGGUGCUUCCAUAAAUUUAAUGGCAUAUGCUGUGUAUGAUAGAAUGAAUAUGGGAGAACUUUUGCCUACUGGGAUAACCAUUAAACUUGCGGAUCGAUCUAACUGUUACCCAAGAGGUAUUAUAGAAGAUGUACUAGUGCAGGUUGGUGAUUUGAUUUUUCUAGCGGAUUUCUUUGUAUUAGAGAUGGAAGGUGAACAAGUACCCUCUGAGAUACCAUUGAUUCUUGGUAGACCAUUAUUGAGAAUAGCUCGCACUAAAAUUGAUUGUUAUGAAGGUUCACUUAGCAUGGAAGUAGCUUGA